UCUUCGAGAUUGUGACCAGCACUUCCAUUAACUCUUCACUUUAAGCUUUAAGCUUUGCCCAACACUUUCCCAAUAAACACCAAAACCAAACCCAAAGCUUGGACUUUACUUCAAGAAUAUCAUUACUAUGCUUUUUGUUUGAGUUCUCAUUCAAUGGACUCAACUACUGUUCUUGAUCGUGCUUUAUUUCAACUCACUCCAACUCGAACUAGAUUUGAUCUGGUACUCUUCUACAAAGGGAAAAAUGAGAAAUUGGCUUCUGGGCUUUUUGAGCCCUUCAUUUGUCAUCUCAAAUUUGCAAGAGAUCAGAUUUCAAAAGGUGGGUAUUCCAUUACUUUGCAGCCACCUGCUCCUGGCACUCCCUGGUUCACCAAAGCUACUUUUGAGAGAUUUGUGCGCUUUGUUAGCACACCAGCAGUUCUUGAAAGGUUUGUCACCAUAGAAACAGAAAUCUUGCAAAUUGAGAGAUCUAUUCAAGCUAAUGAAUUAGCUAAUGCCAAUGGAAAGCAGGAGGAAGAUGCAAAUGGUCAUACAAAGAAAUCAACCGAUUUAACAAAGGUGAAGGGUGAACUCAAGAUAAAAGAUGAGAUUAAACAGGAAGAGAACUCCAAGGUUCAACUUCAACGGCUACUGGAAACUCGAAAAGCCUUGCUAUGGAAAGAACAAGCAAUGACUUAUGCUCGUGGGAUGGUUGUUGGGUUUGCAAUGGAAAAUAUGGAACAUCUCAUCUCGUUUGCAGAUGCAUUUGGAGCAUCCAGGUUAAGGGAAGCAUGCAUUAAUUUCAAGGAAUUAUGCAAGAAAAAGCAUGCGGACCUUCUUUGGAUGGAAGAAUUAGCUGCAGUUGAGGCAUGCUCACCAUCCGAACUGCCACUGUUGGGAACAUCUGGCAUUGUGCUUGCAAAUGGAAUUAGCAGCUCUAAUGAUCUCACUUCAAAUGAAUCUUCAGCAGGAUCAACAUCAGACACAUGUGCAGGAGCUGUGGAUUCCAAGAAAGAUGAGAAUUUGCCUGCAUCAGUUCGGACACCAUCAUCAACUACCUCAAAAACUCAAGUUCCAAUGCAAUGGCUAAAUCAGAUGCCUCAGCAUAUGUAUAAUUUUCAAGGCCAGCUACCUCAGUAUCAAGGAUAUCCCUUCCAUCCUAUGCAGCCUGUGCCACUUCCAUAUUCAAUGAAUAUGCAGUGGCCUCCUAAUUUGAAUCAGAAAUCAACUUCUAAGCUAAAGAAGAGAUUGUCGAAUGGGAAAAAACUUGAUUAUUCAGGAGAGGAAAGGGAAACCGAGUCCAGUGGCUCCGACUCUGGAAGUGAGCCUGAUUCAGAUGUGCAACAGGAAGAUAGAAAGCAUUCAUCGCCAGAUCCUCCAUUUAGGAAGAAAAACCGUAAGAAGUCGUCUGGAACAGUUGUCAUUCGUAAUAUUAACUACAUCACUCCGAAGAGGAGGAGCGGAGAGAAAAAUCAAGCUUCAGAUGGAUCUUAUUCUGCUGAGGAUGAUCUGAUUGAUGCAGAUUCCUUAAAACAGAAAGUGGAUGAUGCAGUCAAGUCACUGAAGGAAUCAGGCAAGUCAAAUUCAAGUAACAGAAAAAGAAAAGGUGCAGACAAGAACCACCAUAUUACGGAAAAAUCAUCCGAUGCUUCUUAUGAGAGAGAUUCUGAUGACCUCGACGCAAACACAUCAGAGGUAGGAAAAAGAAAUGGAAACUGGGAUGCUCUCCAAAACCUUCUAAUGAGGGGUGAAGAAAAUCCAAGUGUGAAUGAAGUAGAAUGGAAGCAAGCUGAGGACGUUCAGGAACAUUUCAUGGCUAGAAACUUUGAUGGUGAAAUUUCUGCAACUACUCUGAACUUAGAAUCACAUAAAGUUCCAAUUAAGCGGGCAGGUUUGGUUGAUUCUUUUGUCGUGACUCAGAGGGAUGAGACUAAUGAAACUACGGUGAAGUUGGAUGAUUUUGUUAAUGGAGAGAAUUACCGUCCUCUCAUGAAAAAAGGGGACAGUGUUGAUGUACAUUUGUUACCUCCAGAGAGAUCGGUUGAAUUGGGAAAGAAGCUUGGUGAUCCCAUAUCUGCCUCUGCAAAUGAGUCAGCAAUAAUCAGGUGUGGAAAGGAAGAAGAUUGGUUUGUUGGAAAUCACCCCAUAAAGUCCGAAAACCAGCAUUCAUCCAAUAAUCAGAUGUUUUUUAAUGGUGAUCGUGUUUUAUCAGUUGAGAGUGAUCCUUUAUAUUCUCAGAAGAGUAGGAAAGAUGUUCUUGUUGAUGAUUCUUUCAUGGUGGCAGCUCGGCCUGCAGGUGAUGACCAGGAUGAUUCCCAAUGGAAAACAGAUAUAAGUAUGGUUGCAGAUCUAACUUCACCUAGCAAACCAGAUGGAACAAAAGAUGUUUCACAAGAUGAGCAUAAGAUACGUAAUGCCGAGCCAAUUGAUCUUUGCAUGGUGCUUGAACGACACCCUGGAUAUGAAUCCUCCAGAGACUCCUGGACAAUGGAUUAUCAAAUUGAUUUAUCAUUUACUGAAACAAAUAGAAGUGCAGCUAGCAAAUGUGAUGAUGACGAGAAAGUUUCUUCAGAUCAUAAGAUCACCAUUGCCAAGCAUAAUGAAGUCCAAGGAAUGAAAAAUCCGGCCAAGGAAGCCAGGUCUAGAGUUUUAAAUGGACCCACAGGGAGAAGCAAAGCUGAAAUUGUGUCCAAGAGUAAGAAACCAUCUCUUGUUAGUAGGCCCAUUACUCAAAAGAGCAAGUUGGAGAAGGAAGAAGAGAUGCGGAAGAAGAUGGAAGAACUACGGAUUGAACGGCAGAAAAGAAUUGCGGAGAGAACUGCCGCUGCUGGGUAUGCUUCAUCUGUAUCCAAGAAAUCACCAUUAGAAAGUAAGGGAGCAAAAGGUUCCAUAAAGAGUGACAAGAACAAAAAUGUAUCUACUGCUCAAGCAACCAACAGGGUGGAUUCUGUCAAACUCAGAGCAACUUAGAAAGAAGCCUGAAAAGAUUUUAUGAAUGGUUGGGAUAUGAUUUCCGACCCUUCACAUUUUGAGGAGGAUCGGAUUAAAGCCUGAAAUCUCUCGAGCCUCCUACCUGUUGAAUUUGCUUGGAACAUGCACCGCUGAUCAUAUAAUCCAGAAGUUGAAUCCUCAUGCACGUUACUCUAUACAUUGUCAAUAUUCACUUGCAAUUCAUUCCAUCAUUGUUUGUUUCAAUAAGUUAUAAAAUACUAAAUAAACUCAGUGACAUGUAUUUAUUUGCACUCCCAUAUGUUUUUCUACUGUGAAUGUCGGUCACUAAAACAAAGUUUCUUUUGUUUGUAAUUUGUAUUUUUUAAAUAGGUAAUUGUAUAUUUUUAGAGUUC